UCACGUUAUCCGAUAAUUACGCCUGUAGAGUCGCUAUUUGUUGCCAGCUUUCGGGGGGAAUCCAUACUACCCAUUUCGGUGAUACAUGCUCCGGGGGCGCUCGGGCUUUAGGUGCUUACUACAGCAGGUCUCAACGCACCUCGGCAACUUGAAGCCAAGUGUGCUGUCGACCACUGGCUAGGAAAAAACACAAGAUGGCAGUCCUCGACUCUCUGUAUCUGGCAGGUGGCAUUGUCGCCGCCACAGCCAUACCAAUUUACAUCUUUGCACGCCUAGGAAGAAAGCUACGCGUUCUGAAUUCAUCAGAGGAACGCGUCCUCAUCCUUGGCGCCUCGAGCGGCGUGGGACGCGCCAUCGCACAACAGUACGCCCGUCGCGGUGCCCGUGUGUGCAUCGUUGCGAGACGUGCGGAGAAGAUCUCUGCGCUCGCUGCGGAAUGCGGAAAAGGGUGCAUUUGGGAGGUUGCGGACUUCACGGCGGCGGAGGAUAUGGUGCGGGUUAGGGAUACGAUUUUACGCAAAUGGGAUGGGUUGGACACCCUGCAUGUCUGCGCAGGAGUGUCAGCACUGCAGCCUGUCAUGGCUCUCACUGGAGUCCAGUCUGCAGAGCAAGACGCAGGUAAUUCGGGUAUCGAGAAUGCUGCCGAUAUAGCCAGGCGCGCAAGCCAAGGCAACUUUAUUGGUCCAUUCGUUGCGGCAGUAACCUUCAUCCCAAUGCUAACCCGCACCUCCACCACGCCAUCUAUCCUCCUCGUCUCCUCCGUCGCAGCCGUCGUACCCGCACCCACCCGCGCCCUCUACGCAGCCACCAAAGCAUCCUCGCUGCUCCUCUUCCAAUCUCUCGCUAUAGAGCAUCCAGGAAUCGCUUUUACCUUUGUUCUCCCGGCUACCAUCGAAGGAAACUUCCGUGCGUCGGCUGUGGAUGCUGGCCCGGUCCUCGAGGCAGAUCCGAACAAGUAUGGCCUAAAGACCGAGUAUGUUGCGAAACGGUGUAUUGAGGCCGUGGACGGAAGGGUUACAGGCAAUGUGGUGCUUCCUUGGUUCCCGUAUGCCCUGGCGCAUCAUCUUUAUUACUUGAUUCCAUCGUUUAUUGAGCGAAGGGCGGCUAAGAAGUACAAUUUCCCGUCAUAGGGGAAGUUCGAUCUGCAUAGGCAACCCGAAUGAUGAACAUACCUCGUCAUCUUGGGAAUGAGAUGUUGUUUGGCAAUGGGUGUCAGUUGAUUGCAUUUGAGAAUGUCCUGCGUGUUUGACCCUGGCCAAUGGGACUGGGAGUGCUUCAUAUUAAAGCCCCUGAUAGCCUUGUGCAAGUGAGGCGAUGCAGUGCAACAUAUCAAGGGGCGAAUGUUGUCUUUUGUGCAAUUAGAUGUCUUACAUCCUUCCUAAUCAAAUUGUUGCCAGCGCUUGUCUCUAUACAAGCAGAAUCAUGGGACUACGCCA